AAAUCAGUGCGUUUCAUUUCCACUAGCCAAUGCAGUCAAGUUGUGUUUAUAUAUAAAUAUAAUGUAAGUUAAAACCUUUGCAACAUACAAAUUGAAGUUAAAGAUCCUUAUGGAGUACCUUCACAUCAAGAUUGGUCUCUUAACCUUCUUCUUAAUCUGCCAAGCAUGGCCAGGAAGCUCAUCAAAACUUGAGUAUUGCAAGACAUUUUGUGGAACACAAGAUGCGUUUUGUGACAGCCGGAAUGGCAAUUGCGUGUGUAAUCCAGGAAUCGUAGACGCAUCACCACCACAUGUACCAGUUGGUAUUAACCGAAGAUCCUUGUCAUCGCAAUGCCAAAACGAUGAUAUGUGCAAAAACUAUUGGUGUCAUCGCGAUGAUUCUUAUUGUGACGAUGGUGCUUGCAUUUGCCAUCCAUGUGGCCCAAGAGGCCUCUAAAUAGAUGUUGUUUCCUCUUUGAUUUUAUUAUACAUGAUUACAUUUUCUUCUAUGUGUUCAUGUCACAUUUCUUUGAAUAACAAUG